AUGAAACCUCGCGGCGGUGGAGAUGAUUUCGAAGAACCAGAGCACACUAGGAAGCUUUUUAUUGGUGGCUUAGACUACAGGACAACAGAUACAUCAUUAAAGGAAUUCUAUGAACAAUGGGGUGAAAUUGUUGAUGUGGUGGUCAUGAAAGAUCCACAAACCAAGAGGUCAAGGGGAUUUGGCUUUAUAACAUAUUCACAUGCUCACAUGGUUGACGAUGCACAAAAAAAUAGACCUCAUAAGAUUGAUGGAAGGGUUGUUGAACCUAAGCGGGCAGUUCCCAGGGAGGAAAUCAAUAGACCAGAUGCCAGUGCCACAGUAAAGAAACUGUUUGUUGGUGGUCUGAAACAAGAUAUAGAGGAAGAAGAUUUAAGGGAGUAUUUCAGUUCAUAUGGCGAGAUUCAGUCGGUUGUUUUGGUCACAGAGAAAGACACUGGAAAGAAGAGGGGAUUUGGUUUUGUUGAAUUUGACGAUUAUGACCCUGUGGAUAGGAUAUGCUUACACCAGAACCACAAAAUCAAAGGCCACAGACUAGACGUAAAGAAGGCGUUAUCUAAGUCGGAAAUUGGCGGUGGUGGUGGAGGCGGCAGCGGUGGCGGUAGCGGCGGGCGUCGAGGUGGCCGCGGAGGAGGCGGUGGCGGCUGGGGAGGCCGGCAAGGAGGACAAGACUGGGGCAACUCUGGUGGUUACAACCAAGGUGGCUGGAACAACCAGAAUCCAUGGGACAACUCUGGUGGCGGAUGGAACCAGGGCUACGGCAACCAAGGCAGCAGCCCUAUGGUGGAGGUGGCUACAGCACAGGCGGCGGCGGCGAUGCUAACUUCGGUGGAUACAGCACAGGCGGGGGCGGGGGCGGCGGAGGUAACUUCGGUAACGCGCCCACUGGUAACCAGCGUCGGUUUUAAUUCGUCGACCUCUUGUACCAAGUUGCGCUUAGAUGAAACUAGGCAGGAGGUUAGAGUAGGACCGCACCUAGUGAGGGCCACAGGAACCACUACAAUUAGGUUAGGCUAUGUUAAGGUAGUAAGAAAAUAA